UCAAAAAUAAAAGGAAACAACAAUGGGUUCUAAUUAUGGAGAGGAAAACAAUGCAUGGAUCUCUGCAAUGAAUCAUUUGCUUGGAACAGUAUAUUCUGCGGUAUUGAAAGUUGCCCUUGAACUCAACUUGUUUGAGAUCAUAGCAAAGGCAUCAGCAGUUGGUGUCUCAGCAUCUGAUGUUGCUUCAGAACUUCCAACACAACACCCAGAAUUGCCUCGCAGGCUUGACCGCAUAUUGUGUCUAUUAGCGAGUAACUCUCUUCUUAUUUGUUCCACUCGUACAAAUGAAGAUGGUCACGUUGAAAGGCUUUACCAGCUAUCCCCUGUUGGUAAAUACUUCGUCAAAGAUGAAAUUAACGGUUCUUUGGCUUUCCUAGCAACUUUCUUCCAGCACCGAGUAAGCGUAGAUGUCUUCCUUGAUUUUAAGGAGAUACUUCUGGACUUUGACAAGGGAUUAUUCGAGAAAGUUCACGGAGUGCCUUUUUUUGAACACAUACAGUUAAAUCCGACUUUGAAUAAUGUUUUUCAUAAGGCAAUGUCUGAUCUAUGUAUAAUUGAGAUGAACAAGAUACUUGAAACAUAUGAAGGAUUUGAAGAAAUAUCGUUGCUAGUUGAUGUGGGUGGUGGCAUUGGCCAAAAUUUGAAUAUGAUAAUCUCUAAGUAUCCUUCUAUAAAUGGUAUUAACUUUGAUCUACCCCAUGUCAUACAAAAUGCUCCAAUUUAUUCAGGGAUAAAGCACCUAGAAGGAGACAUGUUUAAAAGUGUUCCUAAAGGUGAUGCUAUAAUAUUGAAGACCGUAUUGCACAAUUGGUCGGAUGAAAAAUGUAUAAAAAUUUUGAGUAAUUGCUACGAAGCUUUGCCACAAAAUGGGAAGGUAAUCGUCAUAGAGGUCAUAGUUCCUGAAGCAAUUCACUCUACCGAUUUAGAUAAAAUGGUAACUGGCUUUGACAACGUGAUGUUGCUGAAUGGGGGGACCGAAAGAACGGAGAAACAAUUUGAGAAUUUAUGCAACCAUUCAGGAUUUUCUCAUUUUCAAGUAGCUACUCGUGUUUUCUCUACUCUGGCAGUGAUUGAGUUUCGUAAGUGAAUAAUAGUAAGUUUAGGAUCAUAAACCUUGAUUGACUGUAUAUUACUGAUGAUGCAGUCACCAUGCACUUAUUAAUAUUUGUGCAAAUAAAUGUUAUGGAAUAAAUGGUCCAGUUAUAAUUA